AUACCAGAUAUAUUGUCGGCAAUACCAAUAUGGAGGAACUAAUCAAAACAAUUCAAAAUUUACCCUAACUGAUUAUUUUUGUUAGAUUUGUCAGAUACUGUUGAUCGUAUGUUACUAUUACAUAUUUUGUACAAUGACACAUAGCACAAUCUGAUCGAUGAUGUAUUCUGUGGGGAAAUUAAAACAAAAAGGAAAAGAUGUCGUCACUGUCGGACCUCAAUUAGCGUUACAAGCCAUUGCAACUUCAGUAAAUGAACGUCCUAUUGGUUCAAAACAGACAUUAAGUGCUGGUAGGGCAGACGAUAAAUUUCGUAAGGACAUUCCAGUAAGUGGCGUGGUUUAUGGUUCUAGUAAUCCUUCAUCGACAAGAUCUGCUCAACAACAUAAUAAUGAUAACACUUUACCAGAACCAAUACUUCGAGCGUCUACUGCUCCUAGAAGGCUUAUGCAAACUUUACCCACCGCUUAUGUACAAGAUUUAACAACAAAUCAUGUUGACGAGAAUCGUUCAAUUUUAUUGAAUUCUCAAGCGUUUCCCGGAGGUAAAAUAGCCGUAAAAGCACCUUCGAGUGCCUCCCGAUUGGGAACGAAUAUUCCAGGUAGUUCAGUCGUAUCAGAGGCGGAUGGCGAUCGCGUGAUGUUUACCGAAAGUCCAUUACAUCCGGGUGUCCAAAUUGUGUAUAGGACGCCAGAAGAACGUCAAUCGAACCCUGAUCGAUUGAAUCUUGAUAGGCGGCGAUUGAGUGCUUGUCCUAUGUUGGAGAAUGAGGACCAAUUACGCUUACUUAAUUAUCAGCAUAACUCAAUAAGUAAAAUCCAAAAUGUAUCUCGUCUAAGAAAGCUGAUUUUUCUUGAUAUGUAUGACAAUCAUGUUGAAAGUAUUUCGGGAAUAGAAACCCUUAAAUCAUUAAGGGUACUUAUGUUAGGAAAAAAUAGGAUAAGAAAAAUCGAAAAUUUAGGAGAACUUUUGAAACUUGACGUUCUUGAUCUGCACGGCAAUCAGAUUCAAUCCAUUGAAAAUUUGCAACACUUAACAGAAUUAAGAGUAUUAAAUUUAGCGGGAAAUCAAAUUAAAUAUGUUGAUAAUUUAAAAGGAAUGACAGCUUUACAAGAAUUAAAUUUACGAAGAAAUCAGAUCAAUGUUGUGCGGCUACUUGUUGCAAAAAUUAUGCCCAUGGAUCAAAUGUUUUUGACAAAAGAUGGACUUGUCUGCGAGUGUUCCAAGAGGACUGUUUCGACUCCACCGUCUUGUAAACUGCCACCUUUACCUUUACGGAUGUAUCAACAAUCGAAAAAAGUUUAUCCUAGACCCUUAAGAUUAUUUUCUCAAGCUAAACUAUCUGGAUUAGCGUUUAGCUAUGAUGAUAUAACCUGCUUAGGAGAUUCUAUGAGUUUACUUGAAUUGACUUUAGAUGGUAAUCCUAUUUCUCAAGAAAGCCAUUAUAAGCAAAAUAUAUUAAAAAAUAUUCAUCAUUUAAAGAGUCUAGAUAAUAAAAAACUAACUGAAGAAGAGAGAAGAUUAGCUAUGAUAAUGGCUAGAAAAGAUGUUGAAAAGAAAAAGGAAACAAAUAAAGUUGCCGCCUUAAAAGAGAGAAGAAUGGUAGCUAUUAACAAUGCUAAAAGACAAUGGGAAAUGAUGCAGGGUAGUUUAAUGGCUAAAACCAGCUCGCAAGUCAAUUCUAUAAAAGAAAUUCAUGCCACUCAUGUAGGAAAUAUACCUAAUGAAGUUACUGAGACAAAUCGACAACUCAAGUCUAGUCGUAGUAAUAGCAUUAGGCCUGCUAGCGCUAAAUCCGUUGUUGAAAAUACUCAAAAUGCAAACGGGACUGGCCUUUUAGAAAGUCGACCCUCUACUCGACCAGCUUCUUCAAAUGCACAUAGGACUAGUUCGAGAGCACCGAAUAGUUUAGAUCACUUGGCUGAAUUGGAAAAUGAAAAUACUCUUAGUCUUUAUGGUGCCGGAGCAUUGGACGCUCUCGAUAAGAAUUGGGGUGUUCAAGCUGCUGGAGUAAUUUCAACGAUAAUUUUCAAGUUCAUAGAAUUUGAUUGUAUCAUAAAACAUCUUGGAAAGCUUCGCGCUCGUUAUCCCUCAGUAACGAGUCUUAUAUUUACUGCGGCGAAUAUAAAAAACCUUGCUCAAUUCAAUGCCUUAGCUGUGCUUCGACGACUAGAUUCUAUAACCAUUGAAAUAGAAGACGAUAUCAUGCUUGCUAAAGAUAAGGUGCCGCGCCUACCGCGCGAGGCGAAAGAGCGUAUUUUGCAAUUAAAGGAAAAAAGGAUUAAAAAAGACCCGCAAGAAAAUGAAAAGACUAUUUCUAAUCAAAUUAAGCCUACUGACUAUUACAGUAGACAUGUUCUUAGACUGCAGGACUAUUCUACGAAAUGCCAUAACAGCUUAGUAAUGAUUGGAUCACCAACUCUUAUGAAGAAUAAAUACGAAACUGAAACUGACAGUUGUGAUUUAAUGACAUGGAGAUCUUCUUUGAAAAAAGUUCCUGAUAAAAUCCCUGUCAUUCUGAAAAGAAAUGACACAGUUGAACGAUUAGUUUAUGGUGAUGAACCAGAUAGAAUGGCAAGUGCCAGACAGAGUAAAACAGAAGCUAAAGAAGAGAAACGAAAUGAAAGAGCUCGUUCAUGUUCUCCACUUCCUGCAGGACUUCCGGCUAUAACUGUUCGAACUCCACCCGCUUGUAAUCUGCCUUUAAGCGUCAAACCGGCUAACAAUAAGGCCGAUAAGUUGAGCAUAAUAGAACGCUUUUUGAAAGAUUGUGAAAUUCAUAAGCGCUUUGAAAAGAAGGCCAAAAAAACGGUUACGCCAACAGAUAUUGUAAAUGCUGAGAAGUACUUUAGCAUGCUCUCUCAUAUGACCACAACUCAGUUAUCCCACUCCAGACUGCUUUCAUUGAUAGGCGAUCCAAGAAGAAAGCAUUUGUCUUAUACUGCUGACGAAAAGAGUCGCUUAGAAACUGUUCGGCAAAUUGAUAAACAACACCCGGGAGAGAGUGUAUCUCGUGCAGCUUUAACAUAUGUAACGCAAGAUGUCAUUAGAUCAAAAUCGAAGGCCUGCAAUACCCGAAAACGACUGGCACGAUCUCUAGUGGCUGAGCUAACCGUUCAAGCAGUGAACAUUCAUCAAAAGCAGAUGGCUCUUGAGCAAAUUUGGCCUAGUAUUAUAAAGGAAAUGAUUCAUAAAAUAGUCGUUGAAGUUUCCCCCGAUGUUCAGGGUUUUACAAAAAAGCAAUUAUCGGAAGUUGAAGGUCAAUAG